GCCAAGGUGUACACACCAUAGCUAAGCAUAUAUCACUGUUUAUAGUAGAUUUAGGGUAUUGCAAAGUACACCAUGGCUUUUGCUGCGGAGGUUACUUCCAAAAUGUCGAAAAUUAAACUAAAUAAUUCGAAGGAAACGUCAACGUAUGAGUUAUCAAUUUCUUGCAAAGAUCUGAAAGAUUCAUUUUUCUUCAGUUCUGAUCCGAUAGUCGUGAUGUAUGAACAAGCAUUAAGUUGUGAAAAGAGGUGGAGAGAGUUUGGACGAACAGAAGAAAUUAAAAACACUUCAAAUCCCGAUUUUACGAAAAAAUUCAUCAUUGAUCAUUUCUUCGACGAAAUCCAGCAAUUGAAAUUUGAAGUAUACAAAAAAGACACAGACCAUGCUUUUCUAGGUUGGGCAGAAUGCAAACUUGGAGAUAUCAUACGAGCGAAAAAUAGAAGAUUUGAAACCCCGCUCUAUAUAAAAAGCAAAGAAACGCCUUCAUCCCAACAGGUAGAGAAAGGAAAAAUUAUCAUAGCUGCAGAAGAGCUGAGCACCUCCAAGCAGUGGCUAAGCAUGAAAUGGGAAGGAAAAAAACUAGACAGAAAAGAUUUUUUUGGGUUAUCCGACCCUUUCAUGGUUUUUUCUCGAUGCAACAAUGAUGGAAGUUUUACCGUGUGCCACAAGACUGAGGUGAUAAAAAAUAACUUGAACCCUAAGUGGAAAGAAUUCGAAAUAUCUGUUGGCACAUUAUGUGGCAAAAAUCUCAACAGAAAUAUCCAAAUAGAAGUAUUUGACUGGAAUCGUAAUGGAAGCCACAAUCUUAUCGGAGUGUUCACAACAUGUUUGGAAGAACUCAAAGUCGGACAUAGGACAUACGAGGUGAUUAUACUGAGGUGA